UCAAUCAAAUUAAUUAACAGUCUCGAUAGAAUUUGAUUAAUGGCGGGUAUGUGCUGUGAAGUUGUUGGUGAAUCGGAGACGGCGAGCUCUAGAGUCGAGUCGAAGGCGUCGAAACGGAGGAGGAGGCAGCAGUUGGAUCUGAGCUCGUUGAAGUUCAUGGCGGCGGACGUCGGAGUUGUUGCUCCUCCUCCUCUGGAUAAUGACCGCAAGAGACAGAAGAAGAAGGAAGUUGAGAAUUCGGAAUUGGAAUCGAAUUCGGUAACUAGUGAGAAAAUCAUACCUGAGCCUGAAGCGGUAGCAGAAGAUCAGCUGGUGAAUCCCCCUAAGUUUGGGAUAACGUCAAUACGCGGGAGGAGGAAAGAUAUGGAAGAUGCAGUGGCCGCUCAUCCUUCGUUUUAUAGGCGGAGGAGGAGCGAUGAGAAGAUGAAUAAACCUUCCGAUCUGCACUUUUUUGGCGUCUACGAUGGCCACGGCUGCUCGCAUGUUGCGAUGAAGUGCAAGGAUCGAUUCCACGGAAUAGUGAAGGAGGAACUGGAAGGUGCGGAUGAGGAGGAGGUUAUAAUUUGGAAGGAAUUGAUGGAUCGGAGUUUCUCGCGCAUGGAUAGGGAGGCGGUGGUUCACGUUUCGAGUUCUAACUGUCGAUGUGAGCUUCAACCGCCUAGAUGCGAUGCGGUUGGAUCGACCGCUGUAGUGGCGUUGGUGACGCCGGAGAAGAUCGUCGUCUCCAAUUGCGGUGACUCUCGAGCCGUACUCUGUAGGAACGCCGUCGCUACUCCUCUAUCUUCCGAUCAUAAGCCUGAUCGUCCGGAUGAGCUGGAUCGGAUCGAGAAAGCAGGCGGCCGCGUUAUAUACUGGGACGGAGCAAGAGUGCUUGGCGUUCUAGCGAUGUCUAGAGCGAUUGGAGAUCAUUACCUGAAACCGUUCGUGAUCUCCGAACCGGAGGUAACUGUAACAGAUAGAACGGCAGAGGAUGAGUUUCUGAUACUCGCAAGCGACGGGCUAUGGGACGUAGUUUCCAAUGAGACCGCAUGCGCAGUUGUAAGAAUGUGCUUGUUAUCAGGAGCAGGAGGAGGUGAUAAGGCUUGUUCGGACGCUUCCAUUGUUCUGACUAGGCUCGCACUCGCAAGGCACAGUUCCGAUAACGUCAGCGUUCUCGUCGUAGAUCUCAGGCGGCCGCUGUAGAGAUCGAUCCAUCAAUCCAUCUGAAGAGAGAAAUUUAUUUCAUCUUUUCUGUAGCUAUUAUAUGUUCAUAAGCUUUUAUAAUAAUAUUAUAUAAUAUUACUUUUAAUAAAUUUUAAGUUAAAAAGCAAUUCUACA